GCAAGUUUUCAGAACCCAGGUGGAAGUGAGUCAACAAGGAAGAAAGUUAUCCAAAAGAGUUCUUAAAAGACCAACAUGUGGUGGCUCAGGUCGCAGGGCAGCAUAAAUAGCCCCUGCUUGCGGGCCAAGGAAGCGCUCAUUGCCUAUAGGCCCUGAGUCCACAAGGAAGCAAUGGCCAUGCUUCUCCUCCUCUCAGCGCUAGUCCUGCUCACACAGCCUCCAAGGUCAUGGGGAGAAGAGAUGACAACAGUUUCCCAGAAACCAUUGAGUGAUGCCUGCACCCUGGUCAUAUGUGGCCCUGUGGAGAAUGGUCUGCCUGGUCGUGAUGGACGCGAUGGAAGAGAGGGCCCCCGGGGCGAGAAGGGGAAUCCAGGUCCACCAGGAGAUAUAGGGCCAAUGGGGAUGCCUGGACCUGUUGGCCCAGUUGGGCCCAAAGGGGACAACGGACCUGAUGGAGAACCUGGACCGAAGGGAGACUCGGGGCCACGUGGACCUCCGGGACCUGCAGGUGCACCUGGGCCAGCUGGAAGAGAGGGUCCCUCGGGAAUGAAGGGGAAUGUAGGCCCCCAAGGCACACCAGGCCCCAAAGGAGAGCCUGGGCCCAAAGGGCCUGCAGGACCCCCGGGCCCACAGGGACCUCCAGGUACCAGGGGCCUCCCGGGACUGAAGGGGGACAGAGGUGCUCCCGGGGAGAGAGGACCAAAGGGAGAGAGUGGACUUCCAGACAUCGCUGCUCUGAGGCAGCAGGUGGAGGCCUUGCAGGGGCAGGUGGGACGCCUUCAGGGAGCCUUCCUUCAGUCUAAGAAAGUGGAGCUCUUCCCCAACGGCCGACGUGUUGGCCAGAAGGUCUUCAAGUCAGCAGGCUUUGAGAAACCUUUCCAGGAGGCACAGCAAGUGUGCGCACAGGCCGGGGGGCAGCUGCCCUCCCCACACUCUACAGCUGAGAACAAAGCAUUGCAAGAGCUGGUCAAGUUUGAGAACAAGGGUGCUGCGUUCCUGAGCAUGACUGACUCCAAGACGGAGGGCAGGUUCAUCUAUCCAGGAGGGGAGCCCCUGGGCUAUUCCAACUGGAACCCCGGGGAGCCCAACAACAAGGGUGUCAAUGAGGACUGUGUGGAGGUCUACAGCAAUGGCAAGUGGAAUGACAUAUCCUGUGAACAGCCGCGCCUUGUGAUCUGCGAGUUCUGAGCC